AGUAGCAUGAUGUCCGGCAACGUGACCAACAAGACGGACCCUCGUUCGCUCCAUUCCCGGCUUUUCAUCGGGAACCUCAACACACUCCUGGUCACCAAGGCAGAUGUGGAGGCCAUCUUCAACAAGUACGGCAAGAUUGUGGGCUGCUCCGUCCACAAGGGGUUCGCGUUCGUCCAGUACGCCAACGAGAGGAACGCCCGGGCCGCUGUAGCGGGCGAGGAAGGGAGGAUGAUUGUAGGACAGGUGCUAGACAUUAACCUCGCUUGUGAACCGAAGCCUCAGAGAUCGAAGACGGUUAAACGCUCUGCAGGAGACAUGUACAGUUCUUCAUUUGAUUUGGACUAUGACUUCCAGAGAGAUUACUAUGACCGGAUGUACUCAUACCAUUCCCGUGUGCCCCCUCCGCCUCCACCCCUGUCCCGGCCGGCGAUCCCCUCCAAACAUCCCCGGGUCAGUUUGAGUGGAGUUGGAAGGGGCAGCCGACGCACCAAGACCAGCUUCUCAUCUUCCACCUCCAGGAGCAGCCAGAGCAGGACCUCGACCUCACACACCAUGAAGACAGAUGACCUGCAGACCAUCAAGAGAGAGCUGGCCCAGAUCAAACACAAGGUGGACGACCUGCUGGAGAGUCUGGAGCGCAUGGAGAAGGACCACAGCAAGAAGUCCGACAUGAAGAGUAGUGGGAAGCCGGAGACACUGGAGGUGUCUCAUCUCCUCAACUGCGGAGGGAAGGAGGACAGCCUAAAGAGGGAGAGAGAGAACCAGUCUCUCAACGACUCAGAAGAGGAGGAGGAGGGUGACCUACUGGAUGAAGAGGAGGUACAGAGUCGAGGAAGGGAGGAUAACGAUGAGGAAGAGGAAGAAGGCGAGGAUGACGGAGAUGGCGCCAACGGAGACGAUGCUUAA